GGAGGGCUCCGUCUUCCUCGGGGCCAAACGCUCGCUUUAAUCGCUUGUUUUCUCCCCGCUCCGUGAGUUGCCGCCUGUGGCGUAGCAACGCUGGCCGUCCCGAAGAUACUAAAACCCUUCAUCGGUGAUGAACUGCUUUCUCUGGUGUGUCCCAGCCUGCCAUAAAUCAGCACUGGCUUUGGGCCCAUGAUGCUUAGUUUGUGUCAUUACAAUCUGAGAAGCUGAAACUAUUUUUCCAUGAGAAAGCUGGAAAAAUGUUCAAAAAUCAAUAUCAGGGUGGUGCAUUUGUUGAAAUAUUCAGUGCUCAAGGCAAGAACCCUGGUGCAAAGUGGAAGAUUUCUGGCAAUCCAUCAGCUAUAUGGAAAGAGUACGAUAAGGAGGUAAAAGGCUUCGUUUUUGUACUUGAAGGAAGCAGUCAAAUUAACAAAAUGCAGCUACCAAAAGAAGCUAGACAAACUCUUGGACUGAUCCAGCAGUUUCUGACACUUCAGGUUUUUGUGCCAUUGGGACAAGACUUCUCCGCUGAGUUACUGAUAACUGAUUUAGGAAAUAUUAAAAGAAGAUUGUAUUUAUCAACAGUCCACAAGGAGUUGUCUGUAACCCCUCUGCAUGCAAAAAUUCCCCUUUUUAUGAUCAAGCGCAAAAUAUGGUGCAAUGUGUGUAUUGACUUGGUAGCGUUUACCAGUGAAAUAUUCAGAGGAGCUGUCUUCCAGUCUUUGGAUGGAAUUAUUAUUUCAGCAAACUGUAAACUGAGAAAGAUCUUCACUUUAAAAAACAAGCCUCAAGAUACAGCUGAGGAAGAUGGGAAUGUUGUUCCACCUGCAGCUGAUAAGCCCACAGAUGGUAUUCCUCGAAACUGCCAGUUAAGCACAGAUGUGCCUCAAGUUACACAGUUGCUGAACUUGACAGAAAUUCAGAAGCCAGAGAAAAAGUGCAGGAGCCAUCCCAUAACAAUGCAAGAAACAGGCCCCUUGAUUAAUAGAAAACAAGGCAAUACACGGAGCAGUAAAACUCAAGAUGUAUCACACAUUGCGUUUGGAUCAAAGAUCCUUGGACCUCCCCCAUCUUCAACCAAAAGAGUCAGUACUAGAGUAUCUGGAGAGGUUACCAAGUCUACGGGCAAACAAGCUAAUAAGUCCUGCCAACUUCGAAGUUUAGAAAAGGGAAAUGAAGUUCUCCAAAAUGUUGAGAGGCAAGAACGAUCGUUCUCACCGUGCACUGAAUCUCUAGGUCAAGGAGGCGAAAGAAAUGCUCAUGAAACCGAAGAUGUGCAUGAAAACGACCCCUCAAAUCAGACCCAGAAAACCUCUGACAGUGGAGCAGCAGAGCUUCGGCUUUCUAUCUCACAAGCACCAAUAGACAAGAACGGUCCUAGAAGAUUAUGUCUAAAUAAUGCUGCCAAAACCACAUGGGAGAUGACCAAUGAUGAAUGGAUGUUUCCUGAAAUGGUCAGUGAGACUUUUCAUUUGGGUAAGAGUGAACAGAUACAAGCUGCACAAGAUUCAGCCCACUGUAAUUUAACUGCACCACAAAAUGUCACUGCGGAACCUCAAAGCAAUGAAACAGGUGAUGACCAAAUGACUCACAAAGAGAUUUUCAUAUUUUCAUCAAGACCUCGGUCAGCUCGUCAUGGAAGGUCUCCAAAUAUGUCACCAGAAAGUUGCGUUUUCCCUUUAGAUUUGAAGCAAGACAGUAACCAUGCACAAAAUGAAACCCAAAUUGAAGAUAGCUUUCAAGAAACUGACAGCAGUGAGGAGAGCGACAACAGUGAAUUCAUCCAAAGGACUGAAUACCUUGACACCAGCCACAGCAGACCAGGAACAUCUGAUCCAGGAGUUCUUAAAGAGAUCCCAUUAACAAGAAUGUCAUGGAGAAAGGAAUACGGGAAGGAAAAAGGACAGAGCAAACACAACCUCAAGGAAACCAUAUUGUCAAAAUCACAGUGUUCUGCUAUGAGAAAAACAAUUUCUGCUGACUCUCAAAGCAGCUUAAUGCCUACCCCUUGCUUUUCUCCAACUGGAAGUAAAUCGGAAUUCUUUAGAGUAAUUCCGAAUGCAUUUGAAAACUCUGAAAUAUCUGAAAGAGUGGAUGGUCAAUUAAAAUCAUCAGUGAAUAAAAAGUCCAUGAAGAAAAUCUCAAGAGAAAAUUCCUGUAUGACAACAGAGGCUCGUGAGUACCAUUGGAAAAACUACCAGUCAAGUAGACUAAGUACACCUGAACUACAGAUGUUGGCUAGCAUGACAAGACAACAAAAUGAAGAGUUUGGGGAUGCUGAGAUCUCACACGGCUUAAGUGCGUCACAGAUAGAUGACUGCAACAUUAGCAUAAGCACAAGCAGUGAUGAUACAGCAACCUGGCACUCUGCUUUCCCACCACCUGUCAGUCAAGAGCGUCACUAUCAGAAAGAAAUGAGCCCACUUUCUCAUUCCAACCCACGAGACUGGUCGAGUGUGUUCAGUCCCCCCAUCGUUCCUGCAAAUCGACAUCUAAAAGAGCAACCUUCAACAAAACAGAGUAUUCCAGGUGAUGAGGACUUCAAUGCUGAAGAAGAUGAGGAAGUCUUGACUCUUUUGUACGAUCCAUGUCUGAAUUGUUACUUUGAUCCAAACACUGGGAAGUACUAUGAACUGGCAUAGCCAGAUCAUGAGGGUAUUACUUUGUAUUCAGAAUAUGUUUGCCUUUUAAGUGUUUGUGAAGUAUGACAGAGGUAUGUAAUUUAUCAUGUAAUUUAAAACUGGAAUUAACCAAUAGCUUUGUAAACAAAUGAAUAUAGUUUGUAAAUAAUGUAUCUUUUUUUUACAGUUUUGUAUUAAGUUGUAGUGCAAUGGAAAAUCACAUAGCAGACAUUCCUGUGCCUAAGACAUUUAUUGGUUUGUCUAAUUUAUUUCCAAUAUUCACAGGUUCUGUAUGGGGACAAAUUAAGUCAAAGAGCUUUUGCAGUGUUCAUCUGUAAAUGAUGGCCUGACUCAAAUCUGUUUUUUACAUUACUUGCUUACUGUAUUUAAAUGAUUCCAAGCUAUCUUUUCACAGAUACAUUGUACUUAAGAUGUAAAAUGUGUUGUUUAAAGGUAUUUCAUGACCUCCUUCUUGAUUUAGUCAUCAGAAGGGGCAACAUUUUCUUCUUCUUCCGGUAGUUCUCCACUAUUACAUACAUCAGGAAUUGGAUAGCUGCAUGUACAGAGCAGUGCAUUUCAAGGUAUGUGCAUGGGCAAUCUGUGAAUCCACACCACAACAGGGUAAAUGUGCAAGACCUGAGUAUUCCCAUAGCUCUAAUUUUACUGAUAUAAUUUAACUUGGGAGUAAGGAGAAAUGGUAAAAGUGAUUGCUUCAGUACUUUAGUAUUUGAACCUUGUAUACAUUUGCAGUAAGGCCAGAAGA